CACGAGGUCUUACCUUGGACAUUACGCCUCGGCGACACUUGGACACCCACAGGUGCCAUCCUCCUACUAAUGUCUCUCCGGCAGCGCAGAGAAGGUGCGCUCUAGUCGGUUGGACUUUUUAUUUUGCCAAUCGAUAAGAUCGACAUCGGCCUACGACACUAAUGCGGUAAACUAGCGAUUUGAUUUCCUCCACCGCGGGGCAAGUCCUAGAGAUAUAUCAAAAAGCAGCUGCCUCUGCUUUCCAUCCUUUCGAGUCUCCGAUUCCGCUGCGGAGGGGAGGCUUGUCAGAACUGAACGCCUUUCGAGUUUCCUGCCGCACGAAUCUUAAGUUAGCGAUGCGCAGGGAGGACGUUGAACAUUAAACCGAAAAAAAAAAAUGCGGACGCUGGAGGUUUGAAACAAACAGAAAAGGCAGAAAUCGUUGGAGGAAACGCAGCAACGACUGUAAAAACACAGAGUCCGGCGCCCUUUCUUCAAACCAAAAACUACUGGCCGAUAUGAGGAGGAGGGUACAGCUGUCCAUGAUCUUAACCAUGCCCCAACCAGAGCAGAAGAUGAGAUGUUAACUUCACUGGUUUGAACCCAUCAUGGAUGCUCAAAAUCGUAGACGUUGUGAACUGGAGCCUUAUCAUGUGGUUCAGGCUCCAGCUACUGUGUAUUACAUCCCUAACUUUAUCACUGUUUCAGAAGAAAACUAUUUGCUGCAGCAGGUUUACAACUCGCCCAAACCCAAAUGGACUCAAUUAUUAGGAAGGAGGCUGCAGAAUUGGGGUGGUUUACCUCACUCAAAGGGAAUGCUUGUUGAGAAACUGCCCGACUGGCUGGCUAAAUAUGCCAAGAAAAUCUCAUCCCUGGGACCUUUUGCAGGACAAGUUGCUAAUCAUGUGUUGGUGAAUGAGUACAAUCCUGGUGAAGGAAUAAUGCCUCAUGAGGAUGGGCCUUUAUACUUUCCCACAGUUACCACUGUCAGCCUUGGCUCUCCAACUCUAUUAGAUUUCUAUCAUCCCAUUGAAAGAGAGAAUGAAGAGGGGAAGGUUUAUUCUCCUCAGACUGAAGAAAACCGCUACUUUCUGUCUCUUCUUCUUGAGCCACGUAGCCUUCUGGUGCUGCAAGAUGAUAUGUAUGUGAAGUAUCUGCAUGGCAUCAGGCCAGUGACAGAGGACGUUGUCACAGAGAAGGUUGCUAACCUGAAAUCAUGUAACACAGAACUUGGAGCUGUUUUAAAAAGAAGUACACGAAUAUCCCUGACUAUUCGUUAUGUGCCAAAGGUUUUAAAAACUACAAUAUUGCUGGGGAGGAAGUUUUGAGUUUAUUUUCCCAUUUUAAAUAGCUUGUAGUACCAGGUUUUUGUCUCCUUCCUGAACAUCUAGCUUAUUUCAUAGAACAUAGUAACAGAGAUGUAUCUCUGUACUGGUGCGUCUUUCAAUGGAUUUACCUCACACAUUUAAGAAAAUAUGUCCUGUCAGUUCAUUCUGUUUUGAAUAGAUUCAGUACAGUGUGAUACUGCUUUUACUGUGUCCAGACACGUAAAUUUUGUACAGCAGUCACUGAAUAGUGACUAGGAGCAACAAUUUCUUCCCUCCCACUUCCGAUCUCCAUUGCCCCAUCCUUCAGCCAAUGAAACCAGUAAUAGUAACUUGACUGUUAAAAUAACUUAGAUAUAGAAAUCAGCAACUGCCCAUGUGGAGCUAAGUUCCAUAUAAGCAAGUCUGCGUUUUGGGUGAUUCAGGGACUCUUAGGAAUUGCUCAAGGAAAAGCAACAUACAACUGUCUCAAUCUCCUGAGUUUUAAAAUUAAUAAAAUAAUUUGCUUGUAUUUUAAUGAAAUUGUUUCAGCUCUUUCUAAAUUGCAAAUUAGGAUGUGUUUAUUGUGUUUUGCAAUUCAGUAAUCAGUUGAUGUGAAUAAAUUCUACAUUACUGAUACUUUCUAGAACAAAUGUUUGUUUGGGCUGUGAUUAUGAACAUGGAGUAAAUACAUUUUAUUUAGGUUAAAACUGAUUAAAUAUACAUCACUAAAUUUUAAGGCGUUCUGCCUCAUCGCCAUUUUUCCUAAUUCUUGUGAGUUUCAGGCAGUUGGACACUAUCAGCUAAAAUGGAGUGUCUCGCUGUGGCUGCCUUGGCAGUCUCUGAUACUCUUGUUAGUUGACAUAAAAUGGAAGUCCAAUCCUCAUUUUGAAUACAACAGUAGUUUGAAAAACAGUAAAUAUAAAGUAUUCUAAUUUCAAUACUUAUGCAGCACCGUGAACACAUUAAAAUUACAGAUCAAAAUUUGGGAACACUUUUUAGAAGAGUUUUACAGAGAUGGUUGGGACUUUCUCCUAUGCCUGCUGAACAUAUGUUUGCAACAUUCUGAAAGCUUCUUUGGUGUAAAUUAUAGAUUUCUAAAUUACAUGCUGACCAAGAGCCAUAUCUACAUCUCAGAUGUUUCAGGGCUGUUGGAAAUUUCUGAGGACGAAAGCCACAGAGCACGUUUUACUACCUAACAGAAAAUAAACACCGAAUUGUUUAAUCAGGCAUUCACACGUGAUCGGAGCACAACUUCCUCAUUACACAGGAUGCUGGUCAUGCAGGAGAGAGACCCAGUGAAGACAGACGAUUUGAGGGCACAUUUACAAAGCAAAUGCAUGAUCCUGCUGGGAGCCUAAAUUGGACGUUAUAAAACAUUGAGUAUCAUUGCUUAUUUUUUAAUGGAGACCAGGAUGGAGAAACACCAAGUGGUAUGAGAGGGAAUUUCUUCUAGAGUAUCCCAGUGGACUGAAAUUGACUGCUUUGACUCAGGGUUGAAUGGCCAUGUUUGAUUGAUGCCAAUGGCCGAUUCUGGACAUGAAGCAGGAAACUAAUGCCAAUUAGUGCUCUGCUUAUGAUGUCAACAGAAAGUUCGAUUCUCUUAAUGCAUCCUUAUAGAAUUCUGUUUACAUUACCAUCAAUUUUAUUGCAUUGUUGCAAGUACCUAGUUCGUGGUUUGUGUAUUUUAGACUAUACCUUUCAAUUUAGAAAUGUAGCUGUAGGGUUGUCAACUAAAAAAUGUCAGGAAGGAAAAAAAAGAGAACAAUAAAACAGCAGAUGGACUUACUUAUCUGGAGACGUGGAACCAGAUUUACACCCUCAAGGUGGACAGCAGAAGUCAGAGAGUUUCCAGCUCAGACUACCCACCUUGAGAGAAAAUAUCUGCAUGAACUUCUUGGGGGUUGGGGGGAUGUGUGUAGGCUGCAGUCAGGCCAGCCAACUUUGAAAGACAUUUGCAGGCAGCUACAGUAAGUGUCAGUAACUGUCAGCAGCAAUAAAAAUUGAAAAUGCCUUCUAAACCUUACCCCUCACAGGCCCUCAACCUCAGGCCUCUUUUCAUCCCCCAUUAAACCAAACUAUGUCUUCACAAAUAACCCCUAUGACCCCAUGCCAGACUAUGCCUCUCCUCCCCUUCAAACUAAAUAACUUCAAAGUUGAUGGAUCUUGAGAGAAUUCUUGAGGAAAGUAAGCGGUAAAUCUGAAUGCAUAACAUGAACCAUUCCAUGUUAAUUUUUUUUUGUUUAAUUCUUUCACAGUAGAUGCAAUGAAGUACUGUUUCCUUGCUGAAAUUUUGUGGUACAGUUCUAUCAACUGAAACAAGAGAUUUCGAUUUCUUUUUAAAUGUUCGCGGUCCCUAACUGGAUUGUAACAUUUCCACCAUCGCCUGGUAGACCACCUGAAGUAGUUCUCAGCUUUAAGUGAAGGAGUUCUCGAUACUGGUUUUAAAUUUACUUCUCGUUAAUUGUCCUCUACUACUGCUUAUCUGCCUUAAGUUGAAUUAAUAUUCUGAGCUGCCCCAAGAUGAUAACCAUCUAAUGUGCUUUAUUUAUUCAUUAAUUCACGGGAUGACAGCAUCACUAGAUAGGCCAAUAUUUAUUGCCCAUUCCUAAUUGCCCAGAGGGCAGUUAAGGGUCAACUACAUUGUAGUGGACCUGGAGUCAUAUGUAGGCCAGACCAGGUAAGAAUGGCAGUUUCCUUCCCUAAAAGGACAUUAGUGAACCAGAUGGGUUUUUCUGACUAUCGAUGCUGAUUCAUGGUCAUCAUUAGACUCUAGCUGAGUCUCUGGGUUAACAAUCCAGUGAUAAUACCAAGAGGCCAUUGCCUCCACUGUAGAUCUCAGUCUAAUCACAAUUUUGUCAUGGUACUACCCCAUUUUUCUUGACUUCAUUCUCUUCUCCCCCACUCUCAAUCUUGACCAUGCUUGUACCAGUCUUUUUAUGUAGUAUCCAACACUAGGAUGGACCUGACCAGUUAAUUUACAUCUAUCAAUUUGAAUGUAUCACUUGUAUUCCAAAUUUGCAAUUGAUCUAAUCCUUUUUUUUAAAUCUUGAGGUUGAUCCUCUUUCUCAUUCAGCAUCAUCUAAAAAUCUUGACCAGUUUAGAGUUAGGAAUAAGGUAACAAGAGGAUACCAUUUAGCCCACAGCCUAUUCCAUUUGUUCUUUGAUCUAACUGCAAAUAACUUAUCUUUGCACCAUAAAUCUUAACAGUAUUGUUUAACAGAUAUCUAUCACCUAUAGAUUUAAACUAACAAUUGACGCAGCAUUGACUUCAUUUUGGAGAAAAGAGUUCCAAAGAUCUACCACACUUUGCAUGUAGAAACAUUUGUUAAUACAAUCCUGAAAGAUCUGGCUGUAAUUUUUGGGCUAUGUCCCAUAACCCUAGAUUGUGUAGUCAGUAGAAAUUGGUUUCUUGCCAUCUACUCUGUCAGCCCUUUAACAUCUCUAAACACAACUCUAAAAAUCCUCAAAAUUUAACCUUUGGAGCCAGUUAUCAUUUUAGUAAAUUCACACUGCUCUCUAGCCAAGGCCAAUAUAUAUUACUUAAAGAAUGAUUAACUGACUUGUUCACCUAGUGAAGUUUAAUCAGGGCUAUGUAUAACUAUAGUGUCACUUUCGACCUUCUUGUAUUUUUGUUCUCUAUAAAGGCCAGCAUUCCAUUAGCCUUCUUGAUUUUUGUUUUUGUUUAUGCUUGUCCUGAACAUUUUAAUGACUUACGUACAGAGUUUCAGUAACACCGUGACCUGGAAGAAAAAAGUAGUACCUGUACCCAAGGGCUACUUAAAAUGUGGCCAUUUUCUGCAAUCAUUUCCAGUAGUGAGAGAAAGUCCUUAUCUCCAUAUUCGAACCGUUCUCCAAAGACAAUAGAACAGAUGAUAUUUGAUGCUGCACAUCUCAUCAGAAAAUCUGGACUAAAUGGGCUCUCUGAUAUAUGAGAAAGCUCAGUUAGAAAGGUAUAAAGUGUUGCACAAGCAAGCCAGAUGCAGACAAACAUUUUAUGUACAUU